CUGGUAGGUUGUCCUUUAGGUGGAGGAAGAGACACAUAAGGUAUGGGGGGCUGCACAUAGAGAAAAUGGCAAAAGGGAACCUAUUUCGUACUAUGUUCGCACAACUCGCGAGGGUUUUUUGUCUCUCCCACUAUUUGAGCUACACUCAUCCAUUUUGAGUGGUUGAGGUGUCCAUGGAUAGCUCUUGAAGAGUACUUUCACCAUAGCUUCGUUUCUGGAGAAGAAAGAGUCGUUAUACAGACCGAGAGAGUGGCAAAGUAAACUGUUGUCCGCUAAGCCGCACAGUGGGAGCGUUGGUUUUGUUCACCUCAUAUCUUGAGAACCACUUAUUCAAAUCGGGUGUUUGAGGUGUCUUUGGAAAGGUAUUGAAUAGAGCUUUCAUAAAAGGUGCUAUUCUUGAGAAUUGGAGGAGUUUACAGCCCAAAAAGGACGGAUAUACAUCGAGGUGCAGCUUGGUAAGAGAAUAUACGAGGAAGGUUUCCAAAUCAACGAAGACAGACCCAAACGUGCAAAACAGUUUUUUUCUCCUUAAGGGGGCUGUUUUCAUAACUUUUGAUAGGAAACGAACCUACACUUGGAAGAGGCUGUAUAGAAUCCUAUUUCAAGCAAGGAACCAAUAUUCAAUCACCUUUGGCCAGUGGCUUGGUGGCUGGAUUGAUAGAGGGCAGUUUGGAGCUUAAUCGAGGUUGAAGCUCGAGCUCGUUACCUGUGCCCGUUGCUCGGGUGAUCCUUUGGAGAGAAGACGUGCGAUGGAGGUUGAUGGUGGUAUUAUGAAUAGGGAGAACUCGGAAGGGUUUGCACCGGGUGGAACCGGGCAUGCCAACCGAGAAAAGCCCUUAGGACCAAAGGUGCACGAAAUUCUUGAAGCUCAAAUCGUGAGUGGUGGUCAUGUUAAGACCAAGGAAGAAUCACCUUGUCAUGGCAAAACUGAACCACUCAAGGCUUCGGGUGACGAAGGAGAUGAUUUGAGUGAUGAGGAUCUUGAUGGUGCACCCAAUGAACAAAUGGGCAUGGUCAUAGAUUGGCUUCAACGUGAACGUGUGAGGCUUAUACAAAAACGCCAAGCUAGGCGAGCUGAGGGCAUACCAUUAGUAAGGAAAAGGAAGCGGGGAGACAACGAUUCCCAAAGACAUUCAAGGAGGACAAAUGUUGAGGGUGACAAAACCUUCAGGGCGCAGACACUAUCACUUGAGUGGAGUCGAGGCUCGGGUGGCCAGAACUCGAGGUCAAAAGGUCUGAGGGUACCUAAGUGCAACAAUUGCAAGAAACACCACUCGGGUAAGUGUCAGGACCCUCCCAGGUGCUAUCAAUGCACAGAGGUCGGGCACACGAGAGUGAGCUGCCCACAAAUUGUGCAAAACCAAACUUCGGGGUCAAGUGGUGGAACUACGAGAAAUGAAAACCAAACCGAGGUUUCUCAAGGGAGCAGGGGACAUGGGGGAGCAAGCACGAGCAACGCGCCAUCCGUGAACCAAGGAAGGACCCAAGCUAGGGUCUAUGCGAUGACGGAGGCGGAUGCUCAAGCUAACCCGGACUCCGUUGCAGUUUCAGGUAGGGGAUAAAGCUCGCUACCUUUGCCGUUGCUUGGGAAGCUCGAAGGAGAGAAGACGUGAAAUGGAACGUACCGGUAAAGUCACUCGAAGAAACCCGACUGGCCAGGCACCGGGAGGAUCCCAACAUGGCAGUCGAGGGGCAUCGAGGGCGUCUCGUGGGCAGGGCCGUGCAGGUCACUCAUUGACGGUGAGUGACGGCCAUGUUGAGACUAUUGAUGAGCAAUACGAUUCCGAGGAGGAUUCGACGUAUCAACCGGGAACCGAGCCGGUUGAGACCCCAUAUGAUGGGGAAUAUGAUGAUGAUGAGAGCGACGAUGAUGACGCUCUAGAAAGGAUGGAGGAGCUACUCCGUCAAUACCAACAGGAUCGCCAAAGGCGCCGGGCAAGGCGUGCUUUGGGAGGGACUUCCAGGGGAGGAAGUCGUGUGGGUUCUAGGGGACAUGUAGAGUCCCGGAAUGAUCGAGGUGCCGAGGUCCCGAUGAUAAGGAUCUCAAAGUACCUAAAGGAGGCGAGAGACUUGGGAUGUAAACCGUUUGAUGGAACGGGAGACAUUUCCUUUGCAGCCGAGUGGAUCAAGCGAUUCAACGAAGCGGCUCUUGACAUGGAGCUGCCCCCGAUCAUGAAAUUGAGAGUGGCAACAAGGUUGCUGGAGGGAAUGGCGUCCACAUGGUGGGACGGCGUCAAGGGGAAGUAUGGUGACACGGUCACUUGGGAGAACUUCCGUCAAGAAUUCUUCAAUCAAUACUACUCCGAUUUCGAGGUGAACUUGAAAAGGAGAGAAUACACCGACUUGACCCAAGGAGGCAAGUACACGGUGAGGCAACUUGAGCACAAAUUCCGGGAGCUUGCCGAGUUCAUACCGGAAUAUGCAUGUGAUGAGAACCGGAUGGUGAACCACUUCUGGGAUGCCUUGGACCUUGAUAUACGUGAGAGGGCAACACAAUUGCCUAAUAUGACGUUUAGCCAAGUCGUCGAGCAGGGCUUGAAGGGGGAGAAAGAAUGGGAAGAAAGGAAGCGGAGGAAUGCCGAGGAGGCAAAGAAAAGAAAGUGGGAGAAUCAAGGCCCCCAAGGUUCCAACAAGAAGGGGAACCACGGGGGAGGGAGCUCUUUUAGAACCCCUGCACCGCCUCGAGAGGAAACCCGGGAAUGAGUGGACAACACUCGGGAUCACAAGCCUCAACAGCGCCCAAAUGCAAGAAUUGCAAGAGAAACCACGUGGGCAAGUGUCGUGAUCCCCCGAGGUGCUAUCAAUGUGGUGACACGGGGCAUAUGAGGUCGAGUUGCCCACAACUUGGGCGAGCCGUGAGUGCCGGGCCGAGUGGUGGGACCACGAUGAGCAGGAACCGGACAGCGGCACCUCACGCAAACACGGGGCACGGUGGAGCUAGCACAAGUAAUGCACCGUCCGUGAAUCAAGGGAGGACCCAAGCGAGGGUCUAUGCGAUUACGGAAGCCGAUGCACGUGCUAACCCGGACUCCGUCGCGGGUAAAUUCUUGAACUUUUGAUGUUAUUUCCUUGUAAACAAUAUAAAUGUUGAAAUGUAUAAGUUAUAUGGCCAACCCAGCCUGUUUAAAGUUCAAAGAAGUGGACAGAUAUCUGCCUGGGGCGAAAGCCGCCCGGCUUUGACGAACGUCGCCCGACGUUUGUCUAUGAUUUAUUACAUAAAUCCUACGGCGACCAUAAGCCGCCCGACGUUGACGAAAGCCGCCCGGCUUUCGUAAAGGAUUUUUGUUAAAAUCAUUCGGCGGAGAAAAACCGGCCGAGUUUUGUAAAAACCGGCCGGCUUGUGUUCAGGCGUCUCCGGGAAGAGGCGUUGCCAAUGAAAACCGGCCGGCAUUCGUAAGAACCGGCCGGCUUUUGUAAAUAAAGAAACUGAAAUUCCUACGGCGACGAACGUCGCCCGACGUUCGUAACUCCCGGCCGGCGGUCGUUAGGGACAAGAAAAUACGUCGUGACCGAAACCCGGCCGGUUUCGGCGAAACCCGGGCGGGUUUGAGGUGGAAAUUUAUUAAAUAAAUGUUCGGCGACCGAAAACCGGCCGGCUUUGGCAAAGACCGGCCGGCUUACGUAACCAGUUAUUUCGAGCCGAAGGCCAAGGUACGAAAACCGGCCGGCUUUCAUGAAAAGCGGCCGGCUUUCCCUUAUUGGUGCAUGGUGUUGAUUUUUUGGGUGGGAACCGGGAUGGAAUCGGGAUGGGGCGUUAGAUGACGAUCAUCCAAACCAUAGCCGGGGUACUCUUUUACCUAAGAAAUGAGUCUAAUAAGUGGGGAGUGUGUCUUACAUUGCUUAUGAAUGUAGGAACACUAAAGAUUAACGGGAGAGACGCAAGAAUCCUCAUUGACACCGGGGCGCAACGAUCAUUCGUGAGUGAGGCGUUUGCCGGGGGAUUCAAAGAACCACUUGUACCGAUGGCUCAAGCCCUAUUGGUAUCCACACCUCUAGGGGAAGACAUCGAGAGAGAUAGCCACUAUCCAUCGUGUGAGGUGGAAGUGGAGGGCCAAAACUUGACGUGUGAUUUCGUACCGCUGAGUAUGAUUGAAUUCGAUGCGAUCCUGGGGAUGGAUUGGCUUGAGAAACAUCAUGCUAGGGUCGAUUGCUACACAAAGAUACUUGAACUCGAAGGCGAUGAAGGGGUAACCUUACGCUUCGAGGGGGAUCGGGCCAAAUCCAAUAGUUGUAUCAUAUCCGCCGUAAGAGCUAGGAGUAUGAUGAGAAAGGGUUGCCACGCAUAUCUAGCAUACGUGGUAGACAAAACAAAGGAAGAGACGAGCAUUGAUGAUGUGAGGGUGGUAUGCAAGUAUCCGGAUGUCUUUCCAAAGGACUUACCGGGACUUCCACCUGAUAGGGAGAUUGAAUUUGUGAUCGAGGUCGAGCCCGGCACCAAACCAAUCUCCAUACCGCCAUACCGAAUGGCACCCGCAGAACUUAACGAGCUGAAAACCCAAUUGCAAGAGCUUUUGGAUAACGGUUUCAUUAGACCAAGCCACUCCCCGUGGGGAGCACCGGUUCUUUUCGUGAAAAAGAAAGAUGGGACACUUCGAAUGUGCAUUGACUAUCGUCAACUGAACAAGGUCACAAUCAAGAAUAGGUAUCCUUUGCCUAGGAUUGAUGACUUGUUUGACCAAUUACGAGGAGCAACUGUGUUCUCGAAGAUUGACUUGAGGUCGGGGUACCAUCAAUUGAAGAUCAAAGAGGAUGACAUACCGAAGAGUGCUUUCCGCACUAGGUAUGGACAUUUUGAGUUCCUUGUUAUGUCGUUUGGGUUAACAAACGCCCCGGCGGCAUUCAUGGACUUGAUGAACCGAGUAUUCCACAAAUACUUGGACCGAUUCGUGAUAGUGUUCAUAGAUGACAUCUUGAUCUACUCAAAAAGUGAGGAAGAGCAUGAGGAGCACUUGAUACUCGUUCUUGAGACGCUACGGGAGAAGCAACUCUAUGCCAAGUUUUCUAAAUGUGAAUUUUGGCUAAAGGAGAUUGGCUUUCUCGGGCAUGUGGUUUCGGGAUCGGGAAUUGCGGUGGAUUACAAGAAGAUAGAAGCCAUUACCGAAUGGGAGAGGCCAAAGAAUGUCAAGGAAAUUCGUAGUUUCCUUGGAUUGGCAGGCUACUACAGAAAGUUCGUGGAGAAGUUCUCCGUUUUGGCAUCGCCAUUGACGAAGCUCACUCGAAAAGGAGCUAAGUUUGCAUGGGAUGACAAAUGUGAGAAGGGAUUCACGGAAUUAAAGAAGAGAUUGACCGAGGCACCGGUACUUGCCUUACCCAAGCAGGGUAUGGGGUACGAUGUCUAUAGUGAUGCUAGCAUCCAAGGGUUUGGAUGUGUGUUGAUGCAAAUGGGGAGGGUAAUUGCCUAUGCUUCACGACAGUUGAAGAAGCAUGAGGUAAAUUAUCCUACUCAUGAUUUAGAGCUCGGGGCAGUGGUGUUUGCACUCAAGAUAUGGAGACAUUAUCUCUACGGGGAGACAUGCCACAUAUACACUGACCACAAGAGCUUGAAGUACGUGUUUACUCAGAAAGAGUUAAACAUGAGGCAGAGACGGUGGAUGGAGUUGAUAAAAGACUACCACCUGGUGAUUGAGUACCAUCCAGGCAAGGCCAAUGUGGUGGCAGAUGCCUUGAGCCGGAAGAGCUCAUCUGGGGCAUUGAUAGCAAAUUUGAGGGCAUUAAGAGCCCAACUGGAGGUAUCUAGCAAUGGUGCCUUGUUGGCACGGUUUGAGGUGAGACCUACUUUGCUUGAUGAGAUCAAGAAGGGUCAGGAAACUGACGAAGAAAUUAUGAAGAUCCGGGAGCGCAUGCAAGCGGGACCGGUGGAGGACUUCAGGGAAAGAGAUGACGGUCUCUUACUAUUUCGUGACCGAGUGUGUGUACCGGCAGAUGAUGAGCUCCGAAAGUCCAUCUUAGAGGAAGCUCAUUCAUCGGCCUAUGCCAUGCACCCAGGGGGCACGAAGAUGUACCGUGACUUGAAAGAGAGUUACUGGUGGUCAGGCAUGAAAAGGGAAAUAGCUGAGUACAUCAGUCGAUGCCUUACUUGUCAGCAGGUGAAGGCGGAACAUCAGCAUCCAGCUGGGUUACUACAGCCGCUUUCCAUUCCAGAAUGGAAAUGGGAGCACGUGACUAUGGAUUUUGUGGUAGGGCUACCACGAACUGUGAGGAACUAUGAUGCCGUAUGGGUUGUGGUUGAUAGGCUCACGAAGAGUGCACAUUUUCUACCUAUCAACACUACCUAUGCGCUUGAGAGGUUAGCCAAAUUGUAUGUGGAUGAGAUCGUGAGGUUACAUGGGGUUCCUAUCACCAUUGUAUCCGACAGGGAUCCACGAUUCACGUCACGAUUUUGGCCGAAGUUUCAAGAGUCCAUGGGAACGAAGUUGAAGUUCAGCACUGCUUUUCAUCCCCAGACAGAUGGGCAAUCCGAGAGGGUUAUACAGAUUUUGGAGGAUAUGUUGAGAGCUUGUGCAUUGGAGUUCCAAGGAAGUUGGGACAACCAUUUAGCACUUGUUGAGUUUGCCUAUAACAACAGUUAUCAGGCAAGUAUCGGCAUGCCUCCAUACGAAGCAUUGUAUGGGAGGAAAUGUCGUACACCGUUGUGUUGGGAUGAGGUUGGCAUGGCCAAGCUCGAGAGCACGGAAUUGGUGGAAAUCACUAAAUCAAAAGUGAAGAUGAUUCGAGAGAGACUUAAGGCGGCCCAGGAUAGACAGAAGUGCUAUGCCGAUAAGCGCCGGAGAGCCUUGGAAUUUCAGGUGGGAGAUGAGGUAUUCUUGAAAGUUUCGCCUUGGAAAGGAAUCAUCCGGUUCCAAAGCCGAGGGAAACUUAACCCACGCUACAUAGGGCCAUUUGUGAUUCUUGAAAGAAUUGGGGCCGUAGCAUACCGACUACAGUUGACUCCAGAAUUGGAGAAGAUACAUAACGUGUUCCACGUGUCUAUGCUAAAGAAAUAUGUACCGGACCCGUCUCACGUGUUGGAGAAACCACCCGUGGAGAUACGGGAGGACUUGAACUAUGCCGUACGACCGGUGAGAAUACUUGAUAGGCAAGUAAAGAAACUAAGGAGCAAGAAAGUUCCAAUGGUUAAGAUCCUUUGGAAAAGUGACCGGGUUGAAGAAGAAACUUGGGAGACGGAAGCCUUAAUGAAGGAACAGUAUGCAUGCCUGUUUGAAUGAGCAUUAGCGAAUUUCGGGGACGAAAUUCCCGUUAAGGGGGGGUGAACUUGUGACACCGCACCCGAUUGUACUUGAAAUUUAAAGACGAUAUGUAUUUGAUUUUCCUAGCGAAUAAAAUUCGUGUAAUUGAUCGGUGUAUUUAAUUAAUGCAUGAUUAAUUAAAUUAUAUAACGGGUCCAUUAUAUGAGAAUGGGCUACCAAAUAUUUAGUUGGGUUAUCAUAAUAAUUAUAGGAGCCCAAUAAAAUGCCAACCGAAGUUGAUAAAAAAUAUUUGGACAACCCGACUACCCGAGUGCUAUUUUGGCCGAACCUACCGAAAAUAGCAGGAAUAAUUGGGAGGAACUUUCUAUACCCAAUGGGGAUUUUUCCUACAAGACUUGUUGACUCAAAAUAAUCAUUUUGAGACAAGUAAACAUGGGGUGGGCGAAAUGGCUGUUGAGGAGAUUGCCCAAGACAUAAAAUAUAUUCAUAGGUCCCUACUCAUGCAUUAUUUUGGAUGCUUGAUUGAAUAGAGGUACCUCCCUCUAUCCUUUGCACCCAUUCUCGUCCAACCAAGAGGAGGAUCUCCAGAGAAGUCUUCUCUCAAGAACCAAUAGCUUGAAGAAGCACAAGGAAGAAGGAACCCAAGAGAAAAGAGCUAAGUUGAGGAGUUGAUACCGCCGGAAACCGCCACUCCAAAGGAGUUGUUCGUAGUUGCAGACUACGAAAGCCGCCCGGCUUUGGUGAAAGACGCCCGGCUUUUGGGCUACUGUCCAGGAAUUUCACUUUCAAUCGGCCUAGAACGGGGAUUGAUCGAGGGGCUUAGCAAAGGCAACUAUUGUAGCACAUCACAAGUUUCAGGUAGGGGAUAAAGCUCGCUACCUUUGCCGUUGCUUGGGAAGCUCGAAGGAGAGAAGACGUGGUUCGUGCUUCCUCCGUAUCUAUUUUAAAAACAUUUAAAUAAAUGCUCAUGGAUAUUAUUUUUGAAUGAUUAUUUGAGGGCUUGUAUGCCCAUGUUCGCCAAAGUGUGGCAUAAACACUUUAUUAAAUGUUUCCGCUGCUUUAAUUAAUUAUUUUACAUUAUGAUUGUUUAUGGAUGUACUAUUGUGAAUGGUAUUCAAGACGCCUUGUAUGGUAUGGAUGAGUUGGACUGCGGUUGACUAUUCGUACUGUACGGCGGGUUGUUGACGUGUCCGGUAGGUCCGGGGCGUGACAAAGAGUGCACAUUUCUUACCUAUCAACACUACCUACCCACUUUAGAGGUUAGCCAAAUUGUAUACGGAUGAGAUCGUGAGGCUACAUGGGGUUCCAGUGACCAUAGUAUCCGAUAGAGACCCACGAUUCACAUCACGUUUUUGGUCAAAAUUUCAGAAGUCUAUGGGGACGAGGUUGAAGUUCAGUACUGCUUUCCUUCCACAGACAGAUGGGCAGUCUGAGAGAGUCAUAUAUACAAAUCUUAGAAGAUAUGUUGAGGGCUUGUGCAUUGGAGUUCCAAGGAAGUUGGGACAACCACUUAGCACUUGUGGAGUUUGCCUAUAACAACAGUUAUCAGGCAAGCAUCGGUAUGCCUCCAUGCGAGGGAUUGUAUGAGAGGAGGUAUCAUACACUGUUAUGCUGGGAUGAGGUUGGCUUGGCCAAACUCAAGAGUACUGAAUUGGUAGAGAUCACCGAGUCAAAUGUGAAACGGAUUCAAGAAGGGUUUAAAACGGUGCAGGAUAGCCAGAAGAGCUAUGUCAGGGUGGUGAUAAAGAACCACAGAGUCCAAGGUUGGUGUUUAAACAGAAGUCAUGUUCAGGGAGUAAUAUUCUCAUCUACAUGAGUAACGUUGUGAAUUUCGGGGACGAAAUUCCCGUUAAGGGGGGGUGAACUUGUGACACCGCACCCGAACGUACCUGAGAAUUUUGGUUUAAAAAAAUAAAUAAAUAAAUAAAUACAAUUCAUACAGUUGAAUUUCCUAUUAUCAACUACGUGUAAAACGAGUAAAGCUUUAUGUAAUGAAUGAUUAAUCGUAUUAUCGUUUAGGCCCAUAUCAUAAGGAUGGGUUUCCAAAUACCUUAUUGGGCCAUCUUAUUAGAUAUAAGACCCCAAUACAAUGUAAAGAAAUGUUCAUAACCCUCCUAGACCAAAUAAGGAAGGUCGGGCAACCUAAAUGUUAUUUUGGGCCCAACCGGCUAAAAAUAGUAAGUAUUCAAGAAUGGAGUUCUAGGACCACUCAAGGGUGACCCACACGGCUAGUAGCCCAGCAAUAUGAAUAUUGUUGUCAUAAAUAAGUGAUUGGAUGAUUAGAGAAGAAUACAAAUGCCUACGGUCCCAUCUUUGACAUUAUGGAACUAAAUAAUGGGAGUAGGGGUUUUCUUCUAUAAUAUUCAUCAUGUAAACUAUUGGGAUGACCCUACACAUAUUAGAGAUCAAUAAUAUGAUGUAGAGGGUUGAAUUGUUCUAAAUAAACUAUAAUGAGUACAAAAAUACAUCUUUUGACAAAAGAUAAAACAAUAGAACUCAUUAUUCCACUUUUGGAAGUAUUAAGAGAUAUUUUGAUCCCAAAUCAAUUGGGACCACUUGGGAAGGAUCCCAUACAACUUGAAGACCUGUAAACAAAGGAAAAUGUUCAGUUAUCACACAUUUGGGCGGACAAACUUGUGGAAGAGAAUCAAACACCACACAUGAGACAAAACUAUGGCCCAUACAUGUGUGGUUGUAAUGUUUUGAUGAAUUUAACCCUCCAUCCUAUUAUCUCGACCCUUACAGCUCAUUUCACUCUUUAGGAAGGCCUGGUAGGUUGUCCUUUAGGUGGAGGAAGAGACACAUAAGGUAUGGGGGGCUGCACAUAGAGAAAAUGGCAAAAGGGAACCUAUUUCGUACUAUGUUCGCACAACUCGCGAGGGGUUUUUGUCUCUCCCACUAUUUGAGCUACACUCAUCCAUUUUGAGUGGUUGAGGUGUCCAUGGAUAGCUCUUGAAGAGUACUUUCACCAUAGCUUCGUUUCUGGAGAAGAAAGAGUCGUUAUACAGACCGAGAGAGUGGCAAAGUAAACUGUUGUCCGCUAAGCCGCACAGUGGGAGCGUUGGUUUUGUUCACCUCAUAUCUUGAGAACCACUUAUUCAAAUCGGGUGUUUGAGGUGUCUUUGGAAAGGUAUUGAAUAGAGCUUUCAUAAAAAGUGCUAUUCUUGAGAAUUGGAGGAGUUUACAGCCCAAAAAGGACGGAUAUACAUCGAGGUGCAGCUUGGUAAGAGAAUAUACGAGGAAGGUUUCCAAAUCAACGAAGACAGACCCAAACGUGCAAAACAGUUUUUUUCUCCUUAAGGAAACGAACCUACACUUGGAAGAGGCUGUAUAGAAUCCUAUUUCAAGCAAGGAACCAAUAUUCAAUCACCUUUGGCCAGUGGCUUGGUGGCUGGAUUGAUAGAGGGCAGUUUGGAGCUUAAUCGAGGUUGAAGCUCGAGCUCGUUACCUGUGCCCGUUGCUCGGGUGAUCCUUUGGAGAGAAGACGUGGUUCGUGCUUUCCCCAUUCUGUUUUGAACAAUAUUAAACAUGCUCAUGGAUAUUUUACUAUAGAGCCUGUGUGCUCAUGAAUAGCCCUGUGUGGCCCGUUUUGUUUUAAACAAUGUUUUUUGCUGCGUUAUGAAUUACUUAUUAUGUUUGUUUAUGGAUGUUAUGUGUGUGAAUGAUAUUCAAGACGCCUUGUACAAUAUGAAUGUGUUGGACUGUGGUUGACUAUUCGUAUUGUACGGCGGGUUGUUGACGUGUCUGGGGAGGUCCGGGGCGUGACAUACCUUGAUCAUUGAGGUUCUUCCUAAUAGUGUAGAGUAUAUCAUGAGAUAGAUAGGACCAACACUUCUCCCAAACCAUACUGGGCAUAGAUAAUGACUCUUGUAGUAAAAGAUGAACAAAUGUGAUGCGAAGUUCAUGCGCAGUUGCCCAAUG